AUGGGUGAUACGAAUGGACAAGUAGUAGCUGGUGGCAAUGGCCGAGGAAAUCGAUUGGAUCAAUUGAAUUCUCCAAUCGAUGUUUUGAUCGACAAAGAGACGGAUAGUCUCAUUAUUUGUGACCUGGGCAAUCAGCAAGUCGUACGAUGGUCUCGUCGUAGUGGUACAACUCAAGGAGAAAUCCUCAUCGACAACAUCUUUGGUUAUGGAUUGACCAUGGAUGAUCAGAGAUAUCUCUACAUCUCUGACCCCGACAAACAUGAAGUAAAACGAUAUCAAAUAGGAGACAAGAAUGGAACUAUUGUGGCUGGUGGCAAUGGCAAAGGUGCUGGUCUCAAUCAACUCAACGGACCGAGAUACAUCUUUGUCGAUCAACAACAGACUGUCUACGUGUCAGACGGGGACAAUAAUCGUGUAAUGAAAUGGAAUAAAGGUGCAAAAGAAGGAAUUGUCGCCGCCGGAGGUCAAGGACAAGGAAAUGCUCUGACACAGUUGUAUUAUCCUCAAGGACUGUUCGUCGAUACAUUGGGUACCAUCUAUGUGGCAGAUGGCUAUAAUAGUCGAGUGAUGCGUUGGCCUAAAGGAGCGAAACAGGGCACUGUCAUUGUGGGUGGAAAUGGUUACGGAGAAGGAGCAAAUCAGUUCGACGAUCUCCAAGGUUUGUCCUUCGAUCGACAUGGCAAUCUCUAUGUCGCCGAUUAUGGGAAUCAUCGUGUUCAACGUUUUUCAAUCGAAUAG